AUGGAUGACACAUUGGUGAUAGGAGGAGACACCUUAGGCUGUGAGGAUAUUUGCACAUUUGCUGUUGGUGUUAACAGGUUCUGCUUCGAGGAUAAGAGCAGCAGCAGCAGCAGCAGCAGCAGCAGCAGCAGCAGCAGCAAUGAUGCAACUAGCAACAGCAUCGAGAAGAAUGGGUGCCCUAAGGGUAAACCCAGCAGCAGCAGCAGCAGCAGCAGCAGCAGCAGCAGCAGUAUGUCAAUACGUAUAGCAGAUCUUCGUUUAUAUUUACAGCAGCAACAACAGCAGGAGCAGAAGCAGCAACAGCAGCAGCAGCAGCAGAAGCAGGAGAGCAGCAGCUUGCUGCAGCAGCCAACAACUCCUCUACCUGCAGCAGCAGCACGAGCUGUCUGUUUGCUGCGGGCAAUUUCCUUAAAGAAAAGCGGCAUAAGUUUGCCGCUGCUGCAGGGUGUGGGGUCUGCAGCAGCAGCAGCAGCAGCAGCAGAUGCAGCAGCACCAGACCUAUCAACAGCAUCAGCAGCAGCAGCAGCAGCAGGAGGAGAUGCAGAUAUGCUGCUGCUGCCCCGCUGCGGUCCUGGUGGCUGGUGCCAACGUACACGUUCGUCCUUAUUAUCUAUAUUAUGUGCAGCAGCAGCAGCAGCAAAUAAGGAGACUGUCUCCUUUUAUGAUUUGUGUCUCUUCCUUACUCAGGGGCCAGAGGUAGUAGGUAGAUCUCUUGUUGCUGCUAAGGCAUGCGCAGCAGCAGCAGCAGUAGCUACUAGCUGCGCAGCAGCAGCAGCAGAAGUAUUGCUGCUACCACAGGAACCAAUAAAUAAUAUUCUUAAGGAUUUAGCUGCUGCAGCACAAUGCAGCAGCAGCAGCAGCAGCAGCAGCAGCAGGGAUGAUGAUAAUACUGUAUAUUAUUUAAUGAAUUUGCUGCAUGACAGCAAACUGCAGCAGCAGCGUCGUGCUGCAGCAGAUUGUGCAGCAGCAAUUGCUGCAUUUGCUGAGACAGCAGCAGCAGCAGCAAGCAUGCAGAAUGCAGCAGAUCUGCUGCUGUCUGUUGCUGAGGGUGCAUGCAAGAGACACACUCAUGGACCUAAGGGGACAGUUGCUGCUGUUGCACCAGCAGCAGCAGCAGCUGCUGCUGCUGCAUUAGAGAAGAUUGGUGCAGCAGAAGAAGGAAGUGCAGCAGCAGCAGCAGCAGCAGAAACUGUUGUGCAUGCAGCAGCAGAAGCAGCAGAAUUGAUUGAAUUCCCUCUAGCUAGUGCUGCUUCUCCUUUUGCUGCAGCAGCAGCAGCAGCAGAGUUUGCUGCUGGUGCUUUGCUGCAGGCAAUAGUAAAAUUAUUACAGGAGACAGUAUCUAUGGCACAACAACAGCAGCAGCAGCAGCAGCAGCAGCAGCAGCAGCAGCAAGAGGAAAUAGUCCUUCCUGCUGCACUAGCUGACGAAGCAGAAUACUAUGGUACUAAGGAGGACAGACAAAGAUUAACAGCAGCAGGAGUAGCAGCAGCAGCAGCAAGAGCAAAUAAGCUGCAGCAAGCAGCAGCAGAGAUCCAACUCCGUGGUAUCUACAGCAGCAGCAGCAGCAGCAACAGCAGCAGCAGCAGCAGCAGCAGCAGCAGGACUGUGGUGUUUGGGUAUUUAUCUGGCAUAGAAGAUAUAUGUGUGCUGCUGCAGCAGAGUUUGGGGCUGCAUGCAGCAUUAUUGUUGCAGUGUAUAGAGGCAAGAGAUAUAGAUACACUAGAGGAAGCAGCAAGAAGAAUAAAUAAAGGAAAAAAGAAUCCUAAUAUACGUAUACCUAUAACAAGAGCAGUAAUAGAUGAUGAUGAGGAAGAGGGGGAAGGGGGAGAGGGAGAAGGAGACACUUUUUCUUAUCAAGGAGACACUUCUUCUUCUAUGGAGAAAAGGAACCAAGAGGGAACUGCUACUCAUAAACAGGAACAGAAUAAGGGGUGUAUAGGGGGGGAUAGCAUUGAUAUUAAUUGCAACAGCAAUAACAGCAGCAGCAGCAGCAGCAACAGCAGCAACAGCAGCAGCAGCAGCAGCAGGAAAAGUGGAAUUGUUAAGAAAGCUUGUGUUAGUCGUACAUUAGCAGAUGUUGAAUGUCUGCAUGUGCUGCUGCAGUUGCUGCAGUUGCUGCAGCCAUUAAUAGGUAAUUAUAUAAUAAAAAUAAAUACAAGAAAGUUAUUAGAUGGUAUAUUAUCUGUUUGCGGUGUAUCUGCAGCUAAAUUUGCUGCUGUAUGCUCAUCUAUAGAUAAAUUAGAUAAAGAACCAUUUGCUGCUGUUGCUGCUGAGCUGCAGCAGCAAAAGGGACUAUCCCCUAUUGUUAUUGAUAAGAUUGGGGUGUAUGUACAGAAAAAAGGAUCUAUAAAAGAUAUGCUGCAGCAACUGCAGCAAGACAAGGAAUUAAUGCAGCAUCCUGCUGCAGCAGCAGCAGCAGCAGAUUUUAGUCUGCUGCUCUCCUAUCUAGAUCUAUUAUCUAUUGAUUCUUUCUUCCUAUGGGACUGGUCCCUAGCUAGGGGACUAGAUUAUUAUACAGGAAUUAUAUUCGAGGCUGUGCUGCUGCAGCAAGACGGCACCUGCAGCAGCAGCAUAGCAGGAGGAGGAAGGUAUGAUAAUCUUAUUGGUAUAUUAAGUAACAACAGCAGCAGCAGCAGCAAACCUAUACCUGCUGUUGGUUUCUCUGUAGGUAUAGAGAGACUUAUUGCUCUUGUUGAGGAUAGACAAAGAAACAGCAGCAUUACCAACAGCAGCAGCAGCAACAGCAGCAUUACCAACAGCAGCAGCAGCAGCAGCAGCAGCAGCAAGGGGAAGAAAGGAGCUGCAGCAGCAGCAGCAGCAGAUAUAAUUGAUGAAGUAAGGAGACCAUUCACAGAUAUUCUUGUCUGUUAUAUAGGAAAGGAUAUGAUCCCUAUGGCAUUAAAGGCAGCAAGUAUAUUAUGGAGAGGAGGACUAAGUGCGGAUAUAUUUAAUGGAGGAAAAGAGACAAAAUUAAGAAAACAAUUAGAUGUUGCUUCCUUACGUCUUAUUCCUUUUGUUGUUAUUUGUGGGGAAGAAGAAGCAAAUAGACAAGCAGUAAGAGUUAAACAAUUUAUACAUAAUAAUAAACAGCAACAGCAGCAGCAACAGCAACAGCAACAGCAGCAGCAGCAGCAAGAGCAACAGCAGCAGCAACAGCAGCAGCAACAGCAGCAGCAACAGCAGCACCAAAUAGAUGAGGAAGUACCAUUAGAUAAACUUGUUGAUUUCUUUAAGAAACAUAUUCAUCUCUCUGUCUAUGAUCAAUAUGUACAAUCUAUACUUAAUCCUAAUUAG